AUGAAAGAGAAUUCAGUUUUCUCCAUUGUCUUACAAAGCAAAACCACCAAGUAUUGCGUAAAUCUGACCGUGUCAGAGCAAUACAAAACUCAUAGUAUGAAUCUACUAAGGAAUAUAAAAGACCCCGAGAAACCUAAUACCCUAGAAGAACUGAAUGUUAUUUACGAAGAAGGUGUUUUUAUAAAAGAAUCCACUGGGGCUAAUAUAAGUGUAGUGCGAGUAGAAUUCAAUCCUACGGUGCCACAUUGUUCUUUAGCAACCCUAAUAGGAUUAUGUAUAAGAAUCAAAUUGCAGAGAAAUAUGCCUUUUCCUAUUAAAUUGGAUAUUUAUAUUAAGGAAGGGGCGCAUACCACAGAACACGAAAGUGAGUACCUACCUAUUUUCUAUUUGUUAAAAAGUUUCAAUCAUAAAGAAAAUGUCCAGUGA